AUGGCUGUGGUGGGAGUAGUCGUUGUUCUGUUAGUGGCGGUGUGUGUUGCCCUCGUUAUUAGGUCAUAUCGAAGGCGAAGAAAGCGGUCAAGUGUGGCAAAGGUCGAGGACAAUGAGUCGCUUACAAGAACAACAUCAACAGAGGAGGAAGCACAGGAUUAUUCUCAGUGUUUGCAAGAAACCAUCAACGAUACUGAUGGCGGGGCUAGAAACGCUCCCUCUGGAACUGCUCUUGCCAUUCGUCCCCAAUCACAACCAAACGAAACUGUAGAACGGCGCGUGGAGCAGCUCGAAGGCGAUUCCGGAUCUUCGGAUCAACAUAUACUGCACCCUGCUCACUGUACACGCUUAUCCGCACCUGAAGGUCGCCAUAACAAUGGCAUAGACUCUGUUUCCUUCCACACGACACGCACAUCCUCCUUCCGCUCAGAUCCCCUCCUCAUCCACCCACCGCCCCUUAUACCACCUUCUAGCUCCGAUGAUACCACCACAGCAAGCCCAAGGCUAUCUCUGGCACCUAUUCUAACCGAGUUUCGUACAGGGCUAGGAGAAAUGGGCGCGUCCCACCGUAUGUCCGAUGCCAAUUCUUUUCAAAGAGAGGUGCGCCACCGGGAGUCGAGAAUGGGUUUGUCAACGGCACAUAGCCAGAGCUCAAUAUUCUCCUUCCCACCACCAAGCUACAGUUCUGCAAGAUUGCCUUCGUACUACUCCCCCGAUGAGGAGAUACCAGCGCUAUCUGACCAGUAUCAAGGCGACGGUGGCUCUCGCCAUCAUGGCGUUAAUGACAUCUCGCCGCCGCAAUAA